AUGGAUGAGCUCUGCGAAGAGUUCGUAAUGAGGAGGAUGAAAGCGAAGUAAGCUUCAUUCUUUAUUUGUUUUAAAAAAUUUUUUUUUUUAUUUUUUCUUUUAUUUUUUUAAUUUUCUGUUUUUUAGCUCGCGCACAUAAGUGCGCGACUCGUCGCGCAGUUCCCAGGGUGCUCAAACCUGGAAGAGUUUCGGCUUGAAAUAAGCCGAAACUUUUAUAAGGAGUAUUAUGCCAUCAUAUAUGGCGAAGCCUGUGAGGCUUCAAAAGAGGCGGCGGACCAGCUCCGUCUCUGUUUCGAGCAAAUGCUCGAAACGGUAGACGGAGUGGAUCCGCGGUCGAAUGAGAGGAUUCAUGGAUGCCCUUGAAGGGCAGCUAAAAAAACGUUUCGAAGACAUGAUCGAAACAUACGCCGUAAGAGUUUCGCUUCUUUGAUUUUCAACCCAAUGUCGGAUACUACAAUCUCCAAGUCUGUCAUCGUCCACAAGACGUUUCACAAUGAGGAGUCGAGGACAAUCUGUGCAACCGAUUGCUUCAACAAUCACAUCGCCUUAGAAUGGGCGUUUCAUGAUUCGAAUAUGGGAGGUGAAACCGUAUAUCCGGCCACUUUUCUGAAGCUGGAUCAUACAGAGGUACAGAAAAAUUCGGCUGAAUAGGUAACCGAGGCGUUUGCACUGUAUGUUCAACACAUAUUGUUUAAUAGGAUGAAAUAUAAAAAAAAUUUUUUUAGUAAAAAUAUGGAUCAACUCUGUCAAGAGUUCGAAAGCAUGAUGCUGAAUGAGGAGGAUGAAAGCGAAGUAAGCUUCAUUCUUUGUUUUUUUUUUUAUUUUUUUAUUUUUUCUUUGUUUUAUUUUUUAAUUUUUUCUGUUUUUAGCUCGCGCACCUAAGUGCGCGACUUGUGGCGCAAUUCCCAGGUUGUACCAAUCUGGAAGAGUUUCGGCUGGAAAUAAGCGUAAACUUUUAUAAGGAGUAUUAUGCCAUCAUAUAUGCCGAAGCCUGUGAGGCUUCAAAAGAGGCGGCGGAUCAGCUCCGUCGCUGUUUCGAGCAAAUGCUCGUAAAGUUCCAACAGGUGUAACAAAGAAAUAACCGAGAUCAAUUCAUAUAAAUUUUUUAUCCAUAACAAAUGAAAAAAGAGAGGUAGAUAGGGAUUGUUCAGACAUCCUCGGAGAGUCUCCUAUGGCUUCCCCUUCUUCGAUAGAAAAUAUAAAAAUUGAAAAUGUUAAGGAGCAUGAUAGCCCCAACCAACACGCAAACUACGAUCAUCAAACUGUUACUCGACGUGGGGCAUACCCCCUCGAACCAUGCUCGGGUCCGGAUGACCCAAGGUCGUUUGAAGCAUUUCGGGCCGAGUUACGAUUAUAUCUCGCAAAUCAGGGAGGUACGAGAACCCAAGCGGUUCACAAGAUAGGACGCAAAUUGCGCGGAGAUGCUUUCUUGGCAUUCUCCGAACUACCGGAGCAUCUCCUCUCGGGGUCGGAUCCCAACGCCUUAAUUGACGCUUUAGAACAAGCCCUCCCAGAUGUCGGGAAGGAAGGAUGGGCGUAA